AUGCUUAAUAAGAAAUUGUUGAUAGACUUUAAGAAUAUAAGAGCGAAAAAUUGUCCAACCACAGCCUAAUUUAUUGCAAGCAGAAAAUGGUUUCAUCGGCAACAUCAAUAUUCAUUAAUAUUCUUCCAAAAAUUUUGGUUUUUAUACAUUUUACAUUUCUCUUUUUAAUAUAUUAUUUGUAUGAUAUUCUACAUAACUAGUCAGUCAAUUUUCAUAAUAUUAUUUACCAUUUAACUUAACUAUUUAAAUAAAGCUAUCUGAGAAAUAGGUAGUUUUUAAGAUUUCACCUUUCUUAAAAUUAGAAUACAACAUGCCUAAACUAUUCUAAUUGUACAUUAUUAUUUAUUCAAUUACCUAAUCAAUAUAGUAUUCAUUUUACUAUACUAGUAAUAAUAAUUUUAAUUAAAAUUUCAUUAUUUAAAAUUCAUCAUAAAUUUAAGUUUACUAUUCUAAUAUACUUAAGAUGAGUAACUGAGACAUCGUCUUACUAAAAUUACCUUAUUAACAAGAUUAUAUAUAUAGAUUGAUAAUCCAGAUAUUUAGUCAGCGUUGUUUUGCUUAUUGUUAUUGUGUAAAAUUAGAUAUUUUUUGCAGCUAGUAUUAUUGCUUAUAAUAAUCAAUACAUAAUGGGUGUUUUAUCUUUUGGACCGAAUUGAUAUCUGUUAUCUUUUUUUUAUAUUUAUUACUUUUUCAAGUGCAUUUUAUCCUAUUAUCUUUGAAAUUUGCUUUUUUAAAUCAUUUGAUUUAGAAUAAUUUUGUGUUUCAAAAGUUGUAAUAAUGAUAGAAACACUCAUAAUGAUGAUAUUAGGAGAAAUUGUUUUUAGAAGAGGUUUAAUACUUAAAUUAAUAUUUCAAUUGUAUAUUAUUGUAAUUAAAAUUUUGAUGUAUUGA